AUGGCCCAACCAACCCGCGCGCUUCGCGCUUGCGAGAAGAUCGAGAAUGGACAAAAUGCAUUUUGUUGGUCUAAUGCUUUAGCAGUCUUGGAGAUUUCGAGGAACGUCGCUGAUCAACGCGCUGCGCUGAGCACCUCGGUCAUCAAUGCCUGCAGCAAGGCUGCAGAAUGGUGCAGAGGAGUUCAACUGCUACACCAGGCAGAUGGCAGCAGAGUGGAGCUGAACUUGGUGAAGUUCAAUGCACUUUUGAAUGUGAAGGGGAGAGAGUGGCAACAGGUUGUCAGCUGGUUGAGAUUAGCCGAAUCUUUCUCAGUUGAGGGAGAUCGUAUUACAUUUGGGUCCGAGAUCAGUGCAGUGGGUUCCAACUCGCAGUGGCUGCAUGCAAUAUUUUUCGUCCAUGAAUCACAGAGCAGGAGCAUUUCUGUUGAUAUAAUUUCUUUGAAUUCGGCCAUGUCUGCUUGCAAUUCUGCCUUUCAGUGGGCCGCAUCUCUUGCAGUUUUGGCAGACUUGACACUCAACAGAGUGUGCAGCGUACAAGGGAUCAACACAUUUGUAAUGAACAGCGCUCUCAGUGCAUUUGGACAGGUCGAUAUGUGGCAAGAGACCAUGCUCAUGCUCCAAGAGAUGGAAAGAGGAAUGGGCUUGCGGCCGAGCUUGGUCACCCGGAGUGUUGCGAUGUCUGCCUGCACCUUCGUCGGGCCGUGGGAUAUUUCCCUCUACCAGAUGUCGCUUGUUGUUGGUGGCAACGAAGUCACUUGCAGCACAGCAAUUAGCGCAUGUGCAUUGGGUAGUCUUUGGGCCAAUGCGCUGUCAUUGCUGGGAGUCGCCAUCACCAAUUCUUGGCCGAUUCGUUUGCGCAGUGUCAAUGAUGCCAUUGCUUACUGUGGAAGGCAGAAACAGUGGCAGUGGGUCUUAUAUGUUCUAGGUCAACUGGAGCGCCUCCGGGUGCAGGGCGAUGUGAUCACUUACACAUCUGCCAUCAGCGCUUGUGAAAGGAGUCAGCUGUGGAAGGAAGCUUUCCUUCUCUUCAGCUUGACAUCUCGAACUGUUCAGGCCAACAUUGUGACCUACAAUGCUGGCAUCACCGCCUUAAGUGCGAAAGGGAAGUGGCAGAAGACUUGCCUCCUUCUCCGAGAGCUCCACAUGCAGCGGCUGGCUUUUGACGCAGUCACCUGUGGAGCCAGCGUCGGUGUAUGCAGAGAAGGCGGGAACUGGGAAGCAGCUUUCAGCCUCCUCGCAUGCCUCGACGAGGUGCACCUUCAGUCAGAGGCCAUUGGUUUCAGCACGGGAAUUGAUGCUUGUGGGGCAGCAUCAGAGUGGCGAAAAAGCCUGGUUCUCUUACAGGAACUACCUUGGAAGGACGCGAUUGCCCACAACUCUGCAAUCACUGCAUGUGGGGAUGUUGCACAAUGGCAACUGGCGCUUCAACUGCUGAAGGAGGUGGACAGCAUAGGCAUUUCAGGUGCGUAUGGUGCUUCUCUUCUUUUCACAUCUGCAAUCGCAGCUUGCAAAACUUGUUGGCAACAUGCUUGUUAUUUGCUUGCAAGAAUGCAGGAUAUUCAAUUGCAAGCAAACUUGUUUGCUUACAAUGCUGCUUUGGGUGCCUGCGAGCAAUCUGGUCGGUGGCAGGAGGCAGUUUUAUUGCUCAAGGCUGUGCGGGGUGUGCGUAUUUGUUGCCCUUUUCAAGGUCCAGAGUCCAGACAGUGUCAUGGAUUGACCUGUGCUCAGAGAGACUUUGCUCGCGCUUUCCAGAUACAGCUUGAAGAGCUUGGUCCAGGUUCUGAGCAAAAGAGCUCUGAGCUUGCAGAGCUUCUGAAGAAUUGCGGCAUCUUCCACGAGUUCUUCUAUCCGGCUUUGCCCGAAGAGGAGACGGGAGACUAUCAAGAUUCAGUCACAGGUGACGAUGUGGGAAUGUGA